AACCGGAAGCGGAAGCAGAAGCGCGGCGCGGCGGGAGAUUCGGGCGCUACCGGGAGGCGGCUCCGGCCCGGGCGGGGCGCCCGGAGCAUGGUGCAGAUCGUCAUCUCCAGCGGGGGUGCUGGCGGCCUGGCGCAGUGGGUGCUGGUGGAGCUGCAGGGCGAGGUCGAGCCCCGGCAGAGCGGCGGGCUGGCAGGGAGCCUCCUGGGAGACCUGCACUACACCCGGGAGGGCGUCCCCGUGCUCAUCGUGGGCCACCACAUCCUCUACGGGAAGGUGGUGCAGCUGGAGAAGCCCUUUGCCGUCCUGGUGAAGCGGGAAGCCGGUGAACCCAGCCCCGCGGGGCCGCACGCCCGCUACGCCGUCACCGCCCUCAUCAAAACCAAGCUCCUCUUCAAAACCCGCCCCAAGCCCAUCAUCACCAACGUGCCCAAGAAAGUGUGAGGACUCGGGCCGGAGACCGUGAGCUCCGCUCUGCUGCCAGGCAGCCCCAGGCGCUGCAGCCAGGGCUCGGGGAAGAUCCAAGACUGGCCCUGGUCUCGUCCCUACCCGAAGUGGAGAGCUCCCGGGGCACCCUGGGGUGCUGGGUCCCCGUGUCUGGGCACCCAGAGCCCUUCCCAGGUCACUUGUUUCCCCCAUACUGACUGUGUUUCUGAGAGCUGCCCAGCUCUGGGGCACAAACCCGGCUGCCAUCCCAGGUGAGGUGGGUCCUGGGGGGGGCAGGGAGCUCCUCCGAGCCCGGGCUGUCCUCCACACACACCACCCUUUCUCUGUGCAAGUCUUUAUUUUGACAAAUCCGUCAGGAUAUAAAAACAGGACUUUUCCAAAAUAUGAAAAAAAAAUCCAAAAAACCAAAACAAACCCCGCAGGUUAAAAAAUAAAUAGAUUUACAAACAAUUAGCAAUAAGUAUGAAUACCAAAGAGCUACAAAAUUCUCCUAAAAAACUUCGUAUUAAAUUAAACAAAACCAUCUAAAUUAUCACUUGUAGAAAGGUU